CAGGAAGCGGAAGUGUUGUGAGGCAUUGGAGAGGAAGGGGGGAAGCGUCUCUUGAGCUGCUCGGAUUAGAAGAGUCUCAAUGAGGAAAGUUCCACUGUCCUUAGAAGUGCCGUACCCUAUAAUCUGCAAAUACAAUCAAAAUGGGGCCUAGGCGGAAAAACAUGAAAGUGUAUUCCACUAGCCGGGAGAGUCCUGUAUGCAUCAAAGCUGCUGAGCUGAAAGACUAUAUGAACCAGCUUUCACAUGAAGUGCUUUGCCAUAUCUUUAGGUAUCUUCCCUUGCAGGAUAUCAUGUGCAUGGAAUGCCUCUCCCGGAAGUUAAAGGAAGCUGUCAUCUUGUAUCUAAGAGUAGUAAAAGUUGUGGAUCUCUGCGCAGGUCGCUGGUGGGAGUACAUGCCCACUGGAUUCACAGAUUCCAGCUUCCUAACCUUGCUGAAGAAAAUGCCAGACAUUGAGCAGCUAUAUGGCCUUCAUCCUAGGCACCUUGACAGACGUAGGGUUCGGGGUUAUGAAGCCUUCAGCAUUCCUGGGGUACUAGAAGCUUUGCAGGCUUGCCCAAAUCUCUUGGGUGUUGAGACUUCCCAUUUGGAACUAGUAGAAGCCAUUUGGACAUACAUGCCCCAGGUUCACAUCCUAGGGAAGUUUCGUAAUCGUAAUGGUGCCUUCCCAAUUCCACCUGAAAAUAAAUUGAAAAUACCAAUUGGAGCUAAAAUCCAGACUUUGCACUUAGUAGGAGUUAAUGUCCCUGACAUUCCUUGUAUUCCAAUGCUGAGGCAUCUAUACCUGAAAUGGGUGAGGCUCACCAAACCGCAACCUUUUAAGGAUUUCCUUUGCAACAGCUUACGCACUUUUGUCAUGAGAAAUUGUGCAGGACCCACAAACUCAUUGAAGUAUGUUCCCCUAGUCACUGGCUUAGCUUCUGCUCGAAACCUGGAACAUUUAGAAUUGGUUCGAGUUCCUUUUCUUGGAGGUCUUAUUCAGCAUGUUGUAGAAGACAGCUGGAGAUCUGGGGGCUUCAGAAAUUUGCACACUAUAGUUCUAGGCGCUUGCAAGAAUGCUUUGGAAGUUGAUCUUGGCUACCUCAUCAUAACUGCUGCACGAAGGUUGCAUGAAGUACGAAUUCAGCCAUCCCUAACCAAAGAUGGAGUAUUCUCUGCUCUAAAAAUGGCCGAAUUGGAAUUUCCCCAGUUUGAAACACUACAUCUUGGAUAUGUUGAUGAGUUUUUGUUACAGUGUAAGAUGAUCAAUGCAGAUCUGGUGAAAUAUGGACUAGCUGAUGUGGUUGAAAAUCCAGGCAUUAUCACAGACAUAGGAAUGAAAGCAGUAAAUGAAGUAUUCUCUUCGAUUAAAUAUCUUGUCAUAUACAACUGCCCUCAUUUACAUAAUCCAAGUAGCUGGAUCACAGAUCAUUCAAGAUGGACUCGGCUUUUUGAUCUCACACUGGUGAGAUGCCAUGCAAUAAAACUAGACUCUUUUAGUCAGUUUAUUGAAUUACUACCAAGCCUGGAGUUUAUCUCUCUGGACCAGAUGUUUCGGGAACCACCCAAGGGUUGUGCUCGUGUAGGUCUGAGUGCAGGUACAGGAAUUGGAGUUUCCUCUGCUUUGGUGAGCAACCAGAACUCCAACAAUGAAAAUGAUAACAAUAAUAAUCACCAGAACAAUAAUGCCAAUAUUCACCAUAAUAACCACCAGCAACCAAAUGAUCAAAAUGAAGAGAAUGAAUUGCGACAGGAGGAACAGAUGGAGGAACAGCAGAAUGCAGCAGAUGCACUGAAUGAGAUAGAGGAGGUGGCACAGGAAGAUGGAGUGGCUUUGGUAGAGAGCCACAGUGAAGCGAUUGCAACUAAUCAAGCACUUCUUCCUAUGGAAAUUGAUGAAGAGCAAGCAGGACCUAGUGGUCUUCAGCCUAGUGUAAACCUAGCACCAAUUACAGUCCAUGAUUCAGACAGUGAAGAGGAAGAUGAAAACAUGGCAAGCUCAAGAUCCUGUAUCACAAAAAGCAUUGCACAAAGUUACUCAGAUGGAGAGGAAAGAGUUAGAGAUCCAGUGGAAAUCCAGGAGCCCUUAGCAGUGAGUGGUAAAGGCAAAGCUCCACUACGGAAAAGAUGUAGUGCCAGUCGGGUGAAACUUUUUCUUUCUGAGGAGAGCAGCUGUGAAAAGGGCUGUCAAGUCACCAGUGAGCAGAUUAAAGCAGAUAUGAAAGCAGCCAGUGAUGUGACCACAGAAAAAAAUAAAAACAAAGAUUGUAACUCAAGCUGUAGUGGGGACACUGGACCUCCAGGAAGCUCGUCCUCUGCUGCUUCUCAAAGCCUGGAAGAUGUCAGGAAAGUAGAUAGCUCUACUGAAUCCCUUUCUGUAGCUGCAGAGGAUUCUGAAAAGUGUCUCUGUAGGAAUGAAGAUUCCAGUGAACGGGAUGAUGAAGAUAAUUCUUUAUGCUCCAGGUGUUCCUGCUAUGUGCCUCAGAGCCAGCAAAAGAGAACUAAUGGUGCUUCUGAUGAUGAAUGUCCAUCUACCAGUGGAGCCUCUGGUACAAAUGGGCCAUCUGUGGGAGGAGCAGAACUUUCUCUGAGAACAUUAGCAAACUCUGAUUCCUCAGGGGAAGCCAGCAAUGAGAGGACUAAUGAGGGUGUCUGUGGGACUGCUAAUGAGGAGGGCAGUAGUGUACAACAAGCACCGUUUGAAGUGGAAUACAAUGAAGAUUAUCCUCGUAGGCCUUUAACAAGAGCCAGAAGUAAACUUUCCCAUGUGCCGUUGGUGUCUCAGCCAGAAGCAGCCAAACCAAAAUCUCGGAAUUCAGUGAAGAGAAAACGGACAGCUGACAAAUCCACAAGCACCAGUGAUCCUGUGAUUGAGGAUGACCACAUCCAGGUUUUGACACUAAAAUCAAAAAACCUUGUUGGAAUCACCUUGACUAACUGCGGCAUAACAGACCUGGUGCUGAAAGACUGCCCUAAAAUGAUGUUCAUUCACGCCACUAGGUGUCGUGUUCUUAAGCACUUAAAAGUAGAGAAUGCACCUAUUGUCAAUCGCUUUGAUUAUGCUCAGUGCAAGAAAUUAAAUAUGGAUCAGGUCCUAGAUCAGAUACUCAGGAUGCCUCCAGAAAGAAACCGGAUUAUUUACCUUCGUCCAAUGCAACAGGUUGACACUCUGACUCUUGAGCAAAAAAUAUUUAGUGGUCCUUAUCCAUAUCAUAUCUGUGUCAUUCAUGAAUUCAGUAAUCCUCCAAAUGUUCGCAAUAAAGUCCGGAUUCGCAGCUGGAUGGACACAAUAGCAAAUAUCAAUCAAGAGCUUAUUAAAUAUGAAUUCUUUCCUGAAGCCACACGAACAGAAGACGAUCUAAAAAAAUAUACAAGAUAUCCUUGGGGAAGAGAUAUUUACACUCUAGAAGGUGUUGUGGAUGGAGCUCCCUAUUCAAUGAUAACCGACUUUCCAUGGUUGAGGUCCCUGAGGACAGCUGAUCCUAAUGGCUAUGCAAGAUAUGAUUUUGAAGAUGAUGAAAGGACUACUAUUUAUGCUCCCCGGAGAAAAGGACAACUGUCAGCAGAUAUCUGCAUGGAAACGAUAGGUGAAGAGAUCUCUGAACUCCGUCAGAUGAAGAAAGGGGUAUUCCAGAGGGUAGUUGCUAUCUUCAUCCAUUACUGUGAUGUUAAUGGAGAGCCAGUAGAGGACGAUUACAUCUGAAUGCAUCCAGCUGCAAGCUCUCUCGGGCUUUCCUGUGUUUUGACUGGUAUUGCCAGCACAGAAACCAGAUGGAUUUCACCCACUGCUAUAGUGCACUGAGAAAUCUUUGAAUGUGUGCGGUUCACCAUUACCCAUCUAUUGGAACACUAGUAAAUGUAUCAGGAGAAGUUGCAGUGAAUGCUGAGGACCCUACAUAAAAAAAAAUCCUCAUGAAGUUGACUUUAUUUCAUAUGUUUAUAUUAUGAGAUUUAAUUCAAAUUUUAUUUUAAUGAAGGCAAUUAAUUACGGCAAGGUAAAACAUUUGAAUUUCUUAACUCAUAUAAUUCAUAGCAGUAUAUAUUUUCUUUUGGUUUGCCAGAAGCAAAACUCUACAUAUGCUGUGUUCAGGAGCCACAAGAGUCUUUUAAUCUGUGCCUUCCCCCCUUGCCUCCCUUACGCAUCUAAGAGUCCAUUCUGAGUAAAUCUGUUGAACAGCCUUUGAGUCUUGUGCAUUUUUCAAGGGGAAGCAAAAUUGGAAGACCUUAAACCAGUGACAAAUGGCAGAAGUGGAAAGAGCAGCCAUGCAAAUGAUAUGCAGAAAGCUAUCCCAGAAACCAAAUUAAAAUCAGCUUGAGUGUUCAAAUGAAAGCACAAGUGGGAUAGAAGGUUCAAGGCAAAUAGAAGCAAUAAACUAAUAAAUGAAUUUCAUCUGUUGCAGUUUUCUUCUUCAUUACAUAUUACUUUCAGGAAAGAUGCAAGUACAUUCUUUAAAAAAAAAACUAGUCCACUUACAUAGUUUUCUAUGUAUGGCUGCUCCUGUUACUUUUGCCUGAAUUCUGUGAUGCUACUUUUUAUAUCUAUUUGAUUGGAUUUGCCCAAAACAUGUUUCAUGAAUUCAUUUGGUUUCAUUAUUCUUUUCAACAUCUUGAGACUGAAUAGUCUCAAAAAAUAAUAUCUUGUGUAAUAACUUGUAUGCUUAUAACUAGUAUCAUAGAAGU